GGGAGGAGAGAGGGAGGGAAAGAGGAGGAGGAGAAGUAAGAUUUUUAAGCUUGGCGCAAACCCGCAGGAGUCAGAGUGGACUCCAUCUCUCGCACAUGAGCAGGAUCUAAUCGCCAUCAUUCAAAGCGUGGCAAGAUGAUCUCACGGAUUUCUCCCUGGUUUGUUGGAUUAUUUCUCAACGUGCUGAGCUGCUCCUCCGGGUACCAGCUGGACGACCAAAGCUCUCAGGGAGACCUGAACCUGACUGAGUUGAUUGGCGUCCCCCUCCCGCCUUUCGUGUCCUUCGUCACGGGCAUGCACGGCUACCCCGCCUACAGCUUUGAAACGGACGCCAACGUGGGCCGCCUCACCAGGUCGUUCAUCCCCGACCCCUUCUACUACGACUUUGCCAUCACCGUCACGGCCAAGCCCACCACGAGGCGAGGCGGCGUCCUCUUCGCCAUCACGGACGCAUCCCAAAAAGUGGUACAGUUGGGCGUGGCGCUGUCCGAGGUGGAGGACGGUUCUCAGAGGGUGAUCUUCUAUUACUCUGACCCCGCGACAGGAGGCAAGACGCAGGAAGCAGCUUCCUUCAAGAUGGGGGACAUGACGGGAAGGUGGGCCAGGUUCACCAUUACAGUGCAAGGCGCAGAGGUGCGGCUCUUCAUGGACUGCGAGGAGUACCACCGUGUCGCCUUCACCAGGAGCCCCCAGCCUCUGACCUUCGAGACCAGCUCGGGCAUCUUUGUAGGGAAAGCCGGAGGUACCGACCUGCCCAGCUUUGUGGGCUCCAUCCAGCAGCUGUUGCUCACGUCCGAUCCCACGGCCCCGGAUGACCAGUGUGAGGAAGAUGACCCUUAUGCAUCUGGAUACGGAAGCGGCGAUGACACAUACGAGGACAUGGAGGGAGAAGAAGAGGUGAAGAAGGUUGUGGAAGAGAGAGAGUAUACAGAGGUGGACCCCGCCUACGGCAGCCCAGUCCCAGCUCCGCCCACUGAGAUGCCAGGUGGUUUCAGUGAUGAUGAUGAUGACGGUGAAGAAGACGUUGAGGAUGCUUCAGGGCAGGAAGUGGAGGUUGCCAGUGCUGAAGUGGCACCAACACAUAGCACAGCGACAACAUCCUCCAAACCAGACUCUAAUCUGCAGGUGUCCACAACAGGACUGGAAGGUGACAGAGGUGAACCAGGUCCACAAGGACCUGCCGGCCCUGCAGGAGAGGGUGCUGGAUUAGGAGCCGAGCCUGGACCUCGUGGUCCACCGGGUCCUCAGGGACCUUCAGGCCCACCUGGAGCUGCGGGGAAAGAUGGCCAGCCCGGAAGCAAAGGGGAAACUGGCGCUCUCGGAGCAAAUGGCAUUCCAGGAUUUCCCGGGCUUCAAGGAGAGCCAGGACCCAAAGGAGAAAAGGGUGAUGCUGGUGUUGGAAUGCCUGGUCUUCCAGGACCUCCUGGAACUCCAGGGCGCGUAUCCUUCCUGGAUGGCUCAGGUUCAGGUUUGGAGGACUUUGAUGGAGAUGCAGAAAUCAUCCGAGGACACCCUGGUGCUCCCGGACCUCGAGGACCCCCUGGAACACCGUCUGAGGCUGGCAUACCUGGACCACCUGGGCCUGCUGGGAAAGACGGGGAGAAUGGAAAACCCGGACUUCCUGGAGUGGAGGGAAACGAUGGAGAGCAAGGACUUGCUGGAGAGAAAGGAGACAAGGGAGAACCCGGAGUGAGCGGCGGACCAGGACUGAAGGGAGAUCAGGGCCCUGCAGGAUUCCCGGGACUUCCGGGCCCAGAGGGGACAUCCGGUCCCAGAGGUCCACCAGGCCCUCCUGGACUUCCCGGACCACCUGCUAAAGGCUCUCUCUUUGAAUUUGAGGACUUGGAAGGGUUUGGAUCGGGACAACCAGGAGUGCCAGGACUUCGAGGAGCCAAGGGUGAAGAAGGUCUGCAGGGUCCUGCAGGAGAGCCAGGUCUUAAGGGGCAGCCCGGUGCUGCAGGUCCACCAGGGCCCGCAGGACCAGAAGGAGCGAAAGGUUCAGAGGGUCCUAAAGGAGACUUUGGUGCCCCAGGACUUAAGGGGGAGCCAGGACGGGAUGGACUUAGCCUACCUGGCCCUGCAGGACCUCCUGGCCCUCCAGGAUCUUUCAUCAAUCUCCAGGAGCUGCUACUUAACGACACAGAUGGAGUCUACAAUCUCUCGGGGAUUCUCGAGGCUCAGGGUCUCGCAGGACAACCAGGCCUUAAGGGAGACACUGGACUGCAAGGUCUUCAAGGACCAUUAGGACUCAAGGGCGAAAAGGGCGAGCCGGGAAUUAUCAUCGAUGAGAAUGGAUCCACGUCAAGCCUGUCUGAUCUCUUGGGACAUAAAGGGGACAAGGGUGAUGAAGGUGCAAGUGGGCCUGCUGGGACACCAGGACCAAUGGGAAUGCCUGGUCCAAAGGGAGAAUUUGGCUUCCCAGGAAGACCUGGACGUGUGGGAGUGUCGGGAUCAAAAGGAGAGAAAGGAGACUCAGCCGGCCAGCCUGGAUUUCCAGGCCCUCCUGGACCACCGGGUCGUCCCGGGAUAUUCCGAUACCCCCAAGGAACGGUGUUCCCCAUCCCUCCUCGGCCCUUCUGCAAAUUGCCUCUCAAUGGAACCAUGACCAUCGGCAACUGUAAAGACGGACAGAAAGGAGAAAAGGGAGAGCGAGGCCUUCCCGGUGUCCCAGCGCCACCUCAGUUUAUGAGAGGAGGCUGGGGAAUGAAGGGCGACCGAGGCAUCAAAGGAGAAAAUGGCCAGAAGGGGGAUACAGGGUCACCCGGGCAACCAGGCAGCCCUGGGAGACAAGGACUGGUGGGACCCAAAGGAGACUCCAUGGUCGGCCCUCCAGGCCCGCCCGGUGCAUCUGGCGCCACAGGCUACGGACAAACGGGACCACCUGGACCUCCGGGACCACCAGGCCCUCCAGGAGGUCAUGGAGGGUACAGCUCAGGUGCAGGCUCAGGUGGAAACGCUUUGACUUACACCGGACCCCCUGGACCGCCUGGACCUCCCGGCCCACGCGGAGGAGGCUUUGCUGCUGCGAAAACCUUUGCCACCGUGGAGGCGAUGAUGCAACAGACGGUCAGAGACGCAGAGGGGACCCUGGUCUUAGUCACAGGGACAGGAAGUCUCUUCCUCAAGGUCUCACAGGGAUGGAAGGAGAUACAGCUUGGCAGUCUGCUCCAGCACUCCAACAACGUCAUAACACAACCUGAGCCUCGGACUGCACAGCUGAUCAAAGCUGACAGAAUCAAGCGAGUGCCCUCGAUUAAAGACCGACUCAACCUGGUGGCCCUCAACCAGCCGCACUCGGGCGACAUGAUGGGCCUGGACAACGCCGACCAGCUGUGCUACCAGCAGGCCAGAGCCAUGGGCCUGCCCAACAACUACAGAGCCUUCAUCUCCUCCAGCAGGCAGGACCUGGUCCACGUGGUCCACCCCGUCUUCAGGGAGACUCUGCCCGUGACCAACCUCAGGGGGGACGUGCUCUUCGGGAACUGGAGGUCCAUCUUUAACGGCGAAGGGGGCGCCAUCAACGCCAGGAUACCAAUUUAUUCCUUUGAUGGACGGGACGUUCUCGCGGACCCCUUUUGGCCUCGGAAGAGCGUCUGGCACGGCUCCACCAGCAGGGGGCUGCGCGUGGUGGACAAGCACUGCGAAACGUGGCGGGCCGACCACAUGUCCGUCACGGGCCAGUCCUCCAGCCUGACCUCGGGUCUGCUCCUGGGCCAGGACACGCGGAGCUGCUCCAACGAGUACAUCGUCCUGUGCGUGGAGACACACAAGAACCCUUAGCGACGCCACGCCGUCACAGACUGUGCUGUAGUCGAAGGUGCUAAAACCGCGCCGUCCCGUUUGUGCCUUGACACAUCGUCCCUUCGGCACAUAAAAUGAAGCAUUGAUGGAGGGCCAUUUUUCACUUAGUUGUAGGCAAUGAUUCCAUAAAAAUGUGCUAGAUGUUAGCCUAAUCUAUGCAGCCAAGAGACCAAAUUGACACAUUCCCAUAAAAUUGUCCACCAUGAAGAUGAAGAAGUCCUCCACUAGCAGGGAACUUGAGGCUUUUUUUUUUGUUAUGUUUACAGGUUGUCAUGGAGAUUUCUUUCAAAACAGUAUUUAACUUUGAAAUGGUCACAGUUUGUUUCCACUAUUUCCAUUCUUUCUGCCCCUCCAGUGACCACCAAAUUGAAAUGCACUGUACUUCAAUCUUUGUUUUCAGCUCAAUAGGCUAUCUAAUUUAAAUCCAGUGAAUUAUUUAUACCGUCACUGCACAUAAACAUGAAAUCAGAAGAUCUAAGAAUGUAAUUUAUUAUUUGUCUCAUGUUGUGUCUCUUUAUUAUUUUGUACUUUGUUUUUGUUUUUUUGCAACUAGUAGAAUACAUGAAUGGAGAUGAGUUCACAUGCAUUGAUGCUGGACUUUUUGCAUUUUAUCUCGCUACAUUAUUUCGUGCUGAAAAAUAAAAUGUUGAAAAAUUCCUAAAGGGAAAAG